AUGACUGAACUCGCCCCCUUUGCGCUCCCAAAGUGGAUCAAGUCCAACAAAGACAAUAUCACGCUCCCACUAGCCGGCAGCGCAACCCCAGGCCUCUCAAUCCAAGAUCUAAUCGAUCUCUCCACCGACAAGCAAACAACCACCGCCAACCUCUCCUUCCAGACCCUCAAACUAAACCUCGGCCCAUUCGCAGGCAGCGAACCACUCCGCAAGCAAAUCGCCGCCUUAUACGAUGAAACCAUCACCGCAGAGCACAUCUUCCCAACGCACGGCACAACCGGUGCCAACGCUCUAGUCUUCCAGAACCUAUUAAGUGCCGGAGAUCACGUCAUCGCCAUGUACCCCUGCUACACGCAGCUCAUCUCCCUCCCCAAAUCCGUCCCGGGGGUAGAAGUCUCCUACUGGACGCUCGAUCUGCAGAACCAAGCACAGCCCGAUAUCCAAGCCCUAAAAGACGCGAUCAAACCAACGACUAAAAUGAUCAUCUUGAAUAACCCCAAUAAUCCACUUGGAACUAUCCUCCCGCUCAAAACGCAAUCCGAAAUCGUGGCUUUAGCCCGUCAACACGGUCUCACGCUCCUGGUAGACGAAAUCUUCCGCCCGCUCUUCCACGAUAAUACCCACCAGACACAGAUACCACCCUCAUUCAUCGACCUGUCAACCGCGUCAGAUAAAAUCGUCGUCACAAGCUCCAUGAGCAAAGCGUGGGGUCUAUCAGGGACCCGGAUCGGCUGGCUCGCGACCAAAAACGCAGCCAUUCUCUCUCAAUGCUUUGAUCGUGGUUUAUACACGAUCAUGGCACUGAGUUCCAUUGACUCUGCCAUCGCGGCAGAGGCGCUGAGUGAUAGAUGUCGCCCGCAGAUUCGCUCCAAGCAUUUGGAUAUUGCAGGGAGGAAUAUCGCGUUGCUGGAUAGCUUUGUGAGUAGACACGCGGGAUUGUGUAGCUGGGUUAAGCCGCAGGGUGGCGGGACGGGGUUUGUGAGGUUUUUUGAUAGAAUGGGGGUGCCGGUUGAUGAUGUUGAGUUUUGUAGGGCUGUUAAGGUCGCGAAGGGGGUUUUGUUAGCGCCGGGGAGUCUUUGCUUUGGGACUCGUGGUGCAGGGGAGGCGGAUUUUCGGGGGUAUGUGAGGGUGCAUGUUACUGUUGAUCCUGAGGUGAUGGAGAGGGCGUUGGUGGCUAUUGGGGAGUUUUUGGGUGAGUAUAUAGGAUGA